AUGAUUGACACCUUUAUUAUCACCAUUUGUGCGUUUAUUUCCAAUCUCCUCCACGCUGUGUGGAGAACAUUAGUGUCUCAGCCACCUGGCUUGGCAACGCCGUGCGAGGAGGAGCUCAUGGAGGAGUUGAGCCCCAGACAACUGGCUGUCAAACAGCUGAAGCGACAAUUUCUGGAGGCCCUGCAGGCCAACAAUGCCCAGGAGGUCAUGCGGAUUCUGCACACCGGGAAACUAGACAUUGACACUGUGUUGGAGGUGGAGGACCCCAGCAUGGUGCUGGCCUCAUACAAACAAGGCUAUUGGCUUCCAGGCCACAAACUGGAGAAGUCCUGGGCGAUGGGUAUCCAUGUAUGUGUGAUGUACAAUGCUGUGGAAACAGCGCUGGUGCUCCUCCAGGAAGGUGCCUCCAUCAACCGGAUGCCCAAUGGGAAGACACCGCUGCAUGUGGCCUGCGAGGUAUCCAGCAGCGAUUGUGUCACCUUGCUUUUGGCUCACAGGGUAAAAGUGAACGGCCUGUCGCUGAGCGGACACACACCACUGCACUACUGCAUCACCAGCAAGUCUGUGGGCUGUGCCAAGCAGCUCAUCCUCAAAGGUGCAGAUGUCAAUAUGCCUGGCCAAAACAAUGAAGAGGACACACCUCUACACACAGCAGCCAGAUUUGGGGUCCCAGAGCUGGUGGCUCUCUACUUGUCCCAUGGAGCGUCUGUGGAUGCAGUCAACUCUCUCCAGGAGACUCCUCUCAUGACUGCCUGCUUCUGGGCUUUUGACGCUAAAGAGCAGAGCUACAGCCAAGAUCACCACCUUGUCUGUCGCUUCCUGCUGGACCACAAGGCAGAUCCCAACCUCCGAGAAGUCGACAAUAAAACAGCUCUACACAAGGCAGCCUGGAACUGUGAUCACAUCCUGAUGCAGAUGCUGCUGGAGGCCGGAGCAGAUACACGAUCAAUGGACAUCAACGGCUGUGCCCCCAUUCAGUAUCUCCUCAAAGUGACUGAUGUCAGGCCGAUGGCUAUACCUGAGAUCUGCUAUCAGCUGCUGCUCAACCACAACGCAGCACGGAUCUACCCACCCCAGUUCCACAAGGUGUUGCAGACCUGCUAUGACUACCCCGGAGCAAUAGAAAUCAUGGUCAACUCUUAUGAACGUUUAAAGCCCACAAACAAGUGGAGAUCUGCCAUUCCUGAUGACUGCUACAAGCGACACAAAGACUUUUACGACUCUUUGUUCGCUGUAUGCACCAACACUCCUCGCAGCCUGCUCCACCUGGCCCGAUGUGCCGUCAGAGCCAGCCUGGAUGGGUUCUGCCACAGAGGUGUGGCACAGCUGCCACUACCAACGCUCAUGAAAAAUUAUUUACUGCUGGAACCUGAAGGGCUUCUGUACUGA